AUGGAGGACGUGCUGCCCUCGGGCCUGCUGGAGAUCUGCCUGCUGGUCGGUGUGCCCUGGGAGCGGGUGAGAGCGCUCCUCCAGGGUACUCAAAGAAAACCCAAAAGUCUUCCUCCCCUUGAUCCAGAAGUUCUUUCUGUAUUUGUGCCUCCAUUUAUCAGCAGAGAUGAUAUUCAGGUGAUUAAUGGUGGUAACAACUUGAAUAAAAGUAAACGCCGGUCUUUCCGAAAGAAAAAAGAGAGACCAAAGGUUGAAAAUCUCAAGAGUCUCAAUGGGGAGCAGAAAGCACCUGACACUGAAGAUAUUACAGUUCCAAAGGACAUUGAUCUUAUUGGUUUGCCACAGCUAUGCUUCCCAGGAGGACUUUAUAUAACUUCUGAAUCAAAAGAGGACCACAUUCAUUUCCUGGUCUUCACAGAUGUCUGUGGUAACAGAACGUACGGUGUUGUUGCACAAUACUACCAGCCUAUGCAAGAUGGCUGUAUUUCCUCAGAUGGGCGGGCCCAUUGGGAAUCAGCGCAGACUGGGAAGAUGCCUGUCUGUUUUGUACCAUUCGCUGUUUGUGUUAUAUCCAGAUAUCCAUAUUUUAAUGCCCUAAAGGAUUGUCUCUCUUGCUUACUAGUGCAACUGAGACCUUUCAAGGAUUUAGAUGUUGAGGAGCACAUAAAAGAAUUUGCAGCAAAAUUAUUUUUAAUACCCAGCCCACCACCAGGACCACUCCACUUGGUAUUUAAUAUGAAACCACUUCAAAUAAUUAUUCCUUCACGAGAGGAUCCAGACAGUCCAAUUAUUGACUUGGAUCUUCAUCUUCCGUUGCUGUGUUUCAAGCCAGAGCAGGUGCUGCAGAUUAUGACCUGUAUUUUGACUGAGCAGAGAAUCGUUUUCUUCUCUUCUGAUUGGGCUUUGCUGACACUCGUUGCUGAAUGCUUUAUGUUGUACCUUCAUCCUCUUCAGUGGCAACACACUUUUGUGCCUAUUCUGUCUCGUCAUAUGCUGGAUUUUGUAAUGGCCCCAACAUCUUUUCUUAUGGGAUGUCAUAUUGAUCAUUUUGAAGAAGUUAGCACGGAAACUGAAGACUUAAUUCUAAUUAAUAUAGAUAAUGGAAAUAUUACGCAUUCAAAAAUGGCUGAAGAGGAACCUGAAAUUCCAGAUGUUCCAUUACAAGCAGCGGAAACUUUCAUAAAAAGAGUGGAGAGUCUUCAGCUGCAUUAUGAUCUAGAGCUCUGCCAUCUCCGAGCCAGCACAGAUCUUAGUGAACUCCAAAUGCGUAGAAGGGCUUGGCAACAGAAACUGAAUAUGGAAGUUCAGCAGAUGACUUUGCAGUUAAUUGUUAAUAUCUUCAGGGAGGUAAAAGACCAUCUAAAUUACGAACAUAGAGUAUUUAACAGUGAAGAAUUUCUGAAAACAAGGGCAGCGGGAGACCAGCCAUUUUACAAAAAGGUUUUAGAGACCUACAUGUUUCACUCUUUUCUUAAAGCUCGUCUAAACAGAAAGAUGGAUGCUUUUGCUCGACUUGAGUUGAGUACCCAGUCUGAAGAGGAUAGAUUAAACUUCAUGUUUCAUACCCCGAGAAGAAUGACUAUGGAGAAAAUGGCUUCUAAACGAUUUAAUCCACAGUACAUGAUUAGUAGGCGUAUGGUAAUCAGUAUGCCUAAUCUGCAAGAUAUCAAGCUGCCAGAGGGCCCUACUAGAAAUUCCUCACUUCGAAGAAUAGAAACAGGCAUUGCUGUGAAAAUGCCCUCCAAAUCAGUCAGUACAUUCAAAAUCCCAGAAAUUCACUUUCCUCUCAUGUUCCAGUGUGUUCACUCCUACUAUACAGACUUCUUCAACCAUCUCAGCAAAGCUAUAAAUACCUUACCACCUGAUAACUCAGCAUUGCUGGCAAGGUACUUCUACCUCCGGGGACUUAUUAGUUUGAUGCAAGGGAAACUACUAAAUGCACUUUCUGACUUUCAGAACCUAGAUAAAACAGACUUAAGAAUUUUCCCUACUGAUCUUGUAAGAAAAAUAGUGGAAACGAUGCCUCCUGCUGAGCGUUCUCAAGCAGACCGCAAACCUGAGCUGAAGAAGCUGAUAAGUCGAGUGAUGGAAAAACAAAGAGAAGUUAUGAAAAUGGAUGACCAUGUAAAAAAUUUUGAAUUGCCAAAAACACACAUGCAACUGGAUGAUUUUGUGAAGCGAAUCCAGGAGUCUGGGAUUGUCAAAGAUAUAGACACUAUACAUCGGUUAUUUGAUGCCCUAACAGUAGGACAUCAGAAACAAAUCGAUCCUGAAACAUUCAGAGAUUUCUACAACUACUGGAAAGAAACUGAAGCAGAAGCUCAAGAGGUGAAUCUGCCACCAACAGUAAUAGAGCAUCUAGAUAAAAAUGAAUGUGUUUACAAGUUAUCCUGCUCAGUUAAAACUAACUACGGUGUAGGAAAAAUAGCCCUGACUCAAAAGCGCUUGUUCCUUUUGACUGAAGGAGGACAUCCUGGCUAUGUUCAGAUUGCUGCUUUCAGGGAUAUAGAGGAUGUUAAGAGCACAACUGUAGCUUUCCUUCUUUUGAGAAUACCUACUCUGAGGAUUAAAACAUUAUCUAAAAAAGAAGUCUUUGAAGCUAACCUUAAAUCUGAGUGUGAUCUCUGGUACCUGAUAGUGAAAGAAAUGUGGGCUGGAAAGAAAAUGGCGGAUGAUCACAAGGAUCCUCAGUAUAUUCAGCAAGCACUGACAAAUGUUCUCCUGAUGGAUGCUGUGGUUGGUGCCCUGCAGUCCUCCAAAACCAUAUAUGCAGCUUCUAAACUGUCUUAUUUUGACAGGAUGAAAAAUGAAGUGCCUAUGAUGGUCCCCAAAACAACUUCAGAGACAUUAAAGCACAAGAUCAACCCCUCAGCUGGUGAGACAUUUCCACAGGCAAUAGAUGUCUUGCUUUAUACACCAGGGCAUCUUGACCCUUCAGAAAGACCUGGCAAUGCUCAUCCGAAACUAUGGUGUGCUUUAAAUGAGGGGAAAGUGGUGGUCUUUGAUGCAUCUACCUGGUCUAUUCAGCAACACUGCUUCAAAAUGGGCCGCUCUAAACUGACUUGUAUGAUCAUGGUAGAACAGAGUCAAGUGUGGAUCGGUUCUCAAGACUCCAUUAUUUAUAUAAUCAACACCCACAGUAUGUCUUGUAAUAAGCAGCUGAAUGAUCAUCGUUCUGAUGUUACAGAUAUCAUUGUAGAGAAGAAGAAUGGAAUACCCAGUGAAGCAUACUCAAGCAGUUUAGAUGGAACAGUGAUUGCUUGGAACAUCAGCACUCUGAAAGUUAACAGCACCUUUCAGCUGCCCUGCCAACAUCUCACUUCUAUCAAGCUUCAUAAUGACCAACUGUGGUGCUGUACUGGAAGUUGCAUACUCGUAGUGUCAACUCAUGAAUUUCGACUACAGAUGAAAAUUGAGCAUCACCUGAAGGAUGUGUGUACCUGUUUACUCUGCUUCCAGCUUUUUCCUGAGAGAGACGAAGUGUGGGCAUCUUAUUCAGGGAGUAGUGACCUGUAUGUUUGGAACACCAAAGAAUUUUCAAGUACGCCUCAGAAGAUUCAUCUUCAAGAUUGCUCUGAGAUUACUUGUAUGAUAAGAGUUAAAAAUCAGAUGUGGAUUGGCAGCAGUGGAAGAUCGCAAGGCAAAAGCAAAGGCAAGAUCUAUGUGAUCAGUGCUGAAAAGAAGACUGUGGAGAAAGAGUUGGUUGGUCAUGCCGAUACAGUAAAGGCAUUGUGCUCGGCAGAGGACAGAUAUGUCCUCAGCGGCUCUGGAAAAGAAGAAGGGAAGAUUGCCAUUUGGAAAGCUGAAUAG